CUUUGCUUUUUUAAUGUUACGACAACGUCUAGCUAUCGAUCUUAUUUUGUGCGCGGAAGUUCAGAACCAUAGCAACGAUGUAACCAAGAUGGCGGUCAAUAUACUACAGUGAGAGUCUGUGAACGUCAGUGUUGCAGAAAUUGCUGCAUGGCACAUAGCUAACAAGGACAACUAUACAUAGAAUCUAUAUAGAAUUCAUCUAUAACUAAGAAUGUAUGAUAGAGCACCUCGUGAUAUAAACUUUAAAGUUGGAUGCACUCCAGACGUCAUUGGUCCUGGCAGUUAUGAUGCAGCUGCACUUCAGAAAUCUAAACUUAGAACAGAUGGAUAUGCUCCUUUUUUGUCAAUGACCAGCAGAGAAACAUUUUUAAAAGUGACAGACCAAGUAGUAGCAGCUCCAGGACCAGGGCACUAUGACACAACAGUUCAGGACAGAGCCAAGGGAGCUUCGUCUCUUGCCAAUAAAUCUAAAAGAUUUGCAGAUCCUGUCUCUGAUACACCAGGCCCUGGAUCUUACUCCUCACAUGCAUAUGUUGAGUUGGGCAGAAAAUCUAGGUCAGCCCCUGGUGUGAUGGGUGAUGAUGGGAAACUGAUUAAGUCUACAAGAGUGAAAUUUCAUCGCAAACCAGAGGCCCCCUCCAUACCAACCCAAGGUCAGGCCUAUGGCUAUGAGGAAUGUGAAGAUGGUACACUGAAGAAACAGGACCCACCAGUCAAAGACACGUCCAUUGGGCCGGCAUAUUACACGCCUGCGUUGCCUGAGUCUGCAGCCACUAAAACUUAUAAAGGUGUUCACUUUGGGAAACUUUCAUCCAAGAGAAUGGAAUUUUACGGCAAGUCUGGGCCCGGGCCUGGGGACUAUGACCCUUUCACUGACCACACAGCUAAACCAGAGAACCUGAACAUCCAAGGAGGGGAAGUGAUGAAAUUUGAAGCCAAACUUCCCAGAUACCAUGAACUGGUGCAGAAAGAAGUGGAGAAAAAGGGAGUUCCUGGACCAGGCGCAUACGAAGUGAAGAGCACCUUCAUCAUCCCAGCCCCUGCCCUCAACACUGAAGGCUUAGAAGUGGACCAUCCACCAUUCCUGUCACAGGCCAAGAGGUUCGCUCCCUUGAAGAGCGCCACUCCAGCCCCGGGUUCCUACAACGACCCGCGCAGUGCCCUGGAGGUUCUGAAGAGGGUGAGUGGUAUGAAGAGGAGCCCAUUCUCGCAGACGUCGGUCCGUUUUGAGACAGAUUAUAAAAAGAAGCGAUCACCAGGUCCCGGUACCUACAACAUUCCAGGCUUGGCCGCAGAGAGCAUGCGUAAAGCCUACAUAGAGUCGACACGAAAGGGUGUGUUUGGGAGCACGUCCACGAGGAUAGAGCCCUUGUCCAAAAAGGAAGACAUCGAGGUACCAGGUCCGGCCCAUUACCAGAUCAAGGAGAAGCCAUUCAAGCCUAAAUAUCCUCACCUCGGUUCCAACUUUGCCUCCGUCACGGCUCGCCUGAAAUCUCCAGAACUGGAUGCCCCACCUCCAGGAAGUUAUGAUGUGGUCGACGCUUAUGAGAAACUCUACGUGAAGCCUAUCAUGGCCAAACCCAGGACUGAGGCGGCGUAUCGUAAGCAUCAUUCUUUCAUGGCGUCUGCUGAUCGGUUUGCUCCUGCCAGGGACACGAUGACGAAGAGGGUGGAUCCUGACAAUCCAGGUCCAGCCUCAUACAACACGGCCAAAGAAACUAUCAACCCUAAAGGAGGUCUGAUGGUCAUCAAGGACCGGCGUUUCCGUGAGAACAUAGAGGACUUCCCAGGUCCUGGGACUUACGAGCUCUCACCCAUGUUCCAGGACACGGUCCUCAAAGGCACUUUCAACCAUACUCUUAACAACCCGAUCCUCGCCGUGCCAGGGAGUUCCAGACCCGAGUCUAAGCACGCCUUCCUGAUCGGCGUGUGAUACCGCCCUGUAUUGCACCACAUUUGAUUAUACCCACGGCUGUACUCUGGGAAAUUAAAAUAUGCCGUCCACCUUUCAAACUUUAACCCUUACAUAGUAUUCACAAAUAGGUCAAAGGUUAAUUCCGUUUGAUUGCAGAGGAUUAAUUGUUAUUCAAAAGUGUAGUUUGAUUAAAGAUUUAAAUCUCAAGACCUUCAGAGCAAGGGUCAAGGCUGUGAAUUGUACAGAAAAAGUGUGUAACCUGUAAGAUAUUUAUAUGACCGCUGAAAGCUUGUAGGGAAAAAAGUCAGCACCUAUUGUAGAUUAGCAAUGUCUUAAUUAAAAAAAUAAAUAAUAUUUUACUGAAAGAAGAUGAAAUGAAUUGAUGAAGUUACAGACUAUAUAAGUCUGUGUGUCACUCUAACCCUAAAGUAUUGUCUGUCAGCUGACACUCGCUGACAGCAUCACGACAGUGUCACAUAGUUUAUGCUCACUCUAAUGACACCGUCAGAGACAUAUGAUGUGUCAGUGGUCAUCAGCUGCCAUGUUUUAGGAGAGAGAGAGAGACACUGAGAGUACAGGAAGGAAAUGUCAAUGUCAAUAAAAUAUUUGUCUUUUUUUUUUGUUUGCUUUGAAAUAAAUGCAAAUGUUUAACCUUU